AUGACGGCGCUAUCGAUGGCCAUCCCACUCAUUGUGGCGUUUGCCGCAGCUCUUGCGCCACAGCAGCCAUCUCGUAUCUCUCGUCCUACCAUCCAAAAGCUUUCCGCUCCGCUCCAACUCAACGCCUGGGAUGGACCUAAUUGCCAAGGAGUCCUCGCGUGGACAACAUUCACCGAUUCGGUGUUUGCACGAAAUAUCUCCAACUUCCAAGUUUGCCGCAGCUUCCGACUCAACCGCACCCUCAGGGGCCAGGAACAACUUGAUAUCUCCGUGGCUAAUGACCGCAGCGCUUGGUAUCCCAACAAAGAUCAGUUAUCCGCCAACAGCUCGUCAUGCACCGAUUUCUGGCAGAGCUACUAUGCCACCAACGGAAGUACGGCGUGCCACAAUACACCUCCUUUUACAUGCCACCGCCUAUGGAACAACCCGGGCCUGUCGCACAAUGAAGGACACCAUGGGAGUUAA